CUCGUCGCUCAUCAGAUAAUCCGUGCCGUUCCGUUCGUUCGUUCGUCGUCGUCGUAGAUAUACCGGCCGGCAGCAACCGCCCGAUCGACCGGCGCGGCGCCAGAUCAUGGAGACGUCGACGGCGGCGAUGAUGAUGGACCACCACCACCGCGCGGCGCCGUCGCUGUCGGCUGAGGAGAAGCGGCGGAUCGAGCGGGUGGCGCGGUGCGUGGCGCGGGACCGGGACGGCGGGGAUCUCACGGAGAAGCUGCUGCUGCGCCUGCUCGGCCUCACGCGCAACGCCCGCCGCUGGGGCUUCCUAGCGCCGGACCACCCGCUCCACCCCUACUACCUCCAGCAGAAGGUCUCCGAGCGCUGCCGCAUCCUCCGCCCGCGCCACACCGCCGCCGCCGCCGACCGGUGAUCCCAUCCGUUCUCCUAUAGCUACAUACCGGCGCAUGCACAUGCUUUGCAUGCGGACGUGCAGCCGGAUCGACCAUUGAUAGGACUCAGCCAUUAUACGCGCAUCACCUCGUCUCCUCUUCUCUUUUACGCUGCCGAUUCAUUUUGUUAAUCGGAGCAUCUUGUAUUAAUUGUUAGGGAUGAUAUGGGAAAUUGAUAAUCGAAGAAGCAUGCAACGGAUCCGGAAAUACAUUGAUGCGCCUAA